UUCGGCUCUCAGGCUAGACCCAUCGAGCGGGGGAUGUGGCGCUGAGCGGCCUGCCAGGCUGCGGCCCGGAGAAGCCCCGCAACCCGCCCCCGUGGUCCGGAGCGGACGCCGCGCCGGGGGCCGUCCGCGCCUCAGCGAAUCCCAGGCGGCGGCGGCGCGGCGGGGGGCGGGGGCGGGGGCGGGGGAGCGGGGCAGCUGCUCCGCGCUCGGCUGGCCAGGCCUCACGAGUCGAACGCGGAACUAGCGAGCAGGCGUAGGCCCGCGCGGGGCUGCUGCUCGGCAGGCCCGGCCUGGCCUUGGGCCCCGGGCCUGGCAGCCGGGGAGUCUGCGCCUGCGCGGGUCCGGCCGCUGCCCGCUCUCCCGGCGCGGCGGCGGUCCCAGCUGCAGCGCGCCGCCUGGGUGGCUGGGCGGCCCAUGGGCAGCAGCGAGGGCCACGAUGACAGAUUACGGCGAGGAGCAGCGCAACGAGCUGGAGGCCCUGGAGUCCAUCUACCCCGACUCCUUCACAGUAUUAUCAGAAAAUCCACCCAGUUUCACCAUUACUGUGACAUCUGAGGCUGGAGAAAAUGAUGAAACUGUCCAGACUACCCUCAAGUUUACAUACAGUGAAAAAUACCCAGAUGAAGCCCCUCUUUAUGAAAUAUUCUCCCAGGAAAAUCUAGAAGAUAAUGAUGUUUCAGAUAUUUUAAAACUAUUAGCGUUACAGGCAGAAGAAAACCUUGGUAUGGUAAUGAUCUUUACUUUAGUGACAGCUGUGCAAGAAAAAUUAAAUGAAAUAGUAGAUCAAAUAAAAACUAGAAGAGAAGAAGAAAAGAAACAAAAAGAGAAAGAGGCAGAAGAAGCUGAAAAGCAAUUAUUUCAUGGCACUCCUGUCACAAUUGAGAAUUUCUUAAGUUGGAAGGCCAAAUUUGAUGCAGAACUCUUGGAAAUUAAAAAGAAACGAAUGAAAGAAGAAGAACAAGCAGGAAAAAAUAAAUUAAGUGGGAAACAGCUAUUUGAAACAGAUCAUAAUCUUGACACAUCUGAUAUCCAGUUUUUGGAAGAUGCUGGAAACAAUGUGGAGGUAGAUGAAUCCCUAUUCCAGGAAAUGGAUGACUUGGAGCUAGAGGAUGAUGAGGAUGAUCCAGACUAUAAUCCUGCUGACCCAGAGAGUGAUCUGACUGACUAAUGGACUAUCCCCAUCUACAGAGAGGUGUGACUGCCACAGCAUCUGUGGCUGUGUGGAGGUGUUGAUUUUCCUUUCUUUUUUUCUAAGAAAAAAUAAUUUUCAGGAGAAUAUUCUUCUGAUAGCUUUCAUCAUUGAACUUAAUAAACUGACCUUAAAGUUUCAAAUAUAAAAUGUUCAGUUCCUCUUAUUGGUAGGAAUAAGGUCUAUUUGAGGAUAGAAUGCAGCUAUGCGCAGGUGUGGAUUCAUAUAUAAGGAAUUGUAAUAACUUGGGAUUUCUGUGCUGAGGACAGUGGUGGUUUAUGCCUCUGAGUACCAUCAUUAAUAUAAAAUAUUAGAAGACAGAAGUGAAGAGAACAUUAAACCUGCGGAAUUCUAGCCUUUGGGCAUGAUAAAUUUAAACCUUUACAAAACCAGAAAGCUAAAUUAUAUUCAGGAUUAAAGUGGACUUUAGUCUUAUGUUAGUAUUUGAAUCAGCAUCCUUUAUGGAGUUAUUAAAAGGUAUGCAUUCCUAGGCCCUCCUCAAUUUAGGUUAUUAAACACUGACCUUAAUCUGAAUUUUAAAACAGUGAGAUCUCAUGCCAGUGACACAGAUUAUUCCAUUACUUACUCCUUGGUAAGAAUCCCUGUUCUGUAGUUGUGAAAUAUAUAUAUUGUGUUGUUCCAGUACUUUUCUAGUUUAAACAGUCUGAAAAGAUCUGAAUUCUUGAGGUUAUACACUGUCUGCAAGAGAACACACAUCUACAUUAAUACACGUAUGAGACCUUCUUGUAAUAAUUUGGAAUGGUUGACAUGAGGAUUUCAGGUAGGAAAGCCAGGCUUCAUGCAAGUUAUCCAGUCACUGUAGUUUUGGAGAAUUGAAUCUUAAUCCUAACAGGAAAUUACUGUGCUAUUGCAAAUCACUGCCUUCUUUCAAAAAUGCCUAUACUACAUAUCCACAAGCACAAGCAGUACCACGUGUUUAUUUUUGGAGUUAGACCUAUUGCUAAAAUCAAAUUAUUUAAGACAAAACUAUCACUGAAGAGUAUAAUUCUUUUUCACUGGCUUUGGUUCCAACCAGUAAAAGGGAACAGCAGUAGUGUUCAGCAUUUCUCUGCAGAGACAAGUCUAAAAGUUUCUUUUGUGUGAGAAUUAGCUUUUUCUAAGGAGAGAUCCUUUCUGAAGCUGAUCAGUAGAUGCAUUAAGAACUUAAGAGCAGUUUAAUUAAGGGUAAGAUAAGCAGUGAUGAACAAUGUAGCACCGAGGUCAAUGAAGAUUUGACCUUAAAGUGUCAAGAGUGAGACUACCUCCUCCUCACACAUGAUUUUUUUAAAGUAUUAGCUUUAUAUAUUUUCUGUGGGUAUUGAAGUGGAUUCUGUCUUUGUCAUUUCAGAAUGUAGGCAGAACCUAAUGUACGGAAAUGAAGACAAAGAGUUAGUUCUAAUGAUACUCCCAAGUAUUUUCAUCUGGAAUAAAUAUUAAUGUUAAUAUUUCUUUUAUUUUCUGGGAAUUAAUGAAAGACUCUACUUCUCAGACUGGAGCACACAUGAUCCCAGGAUGUGCAAAAAGCAUGACUGGUGGUAUGUGAAGCAAUAAUUGGCCAUCUCAGAUUACCAAUUUUGCUCUUGGAUUUGGGAUAAUUUUUGCUCUGGUUUCUCUACUUAUGCUAAAUUGUAUAAAAUAUUCUAAGAUUAAAAACAAAUAUAAAUAUGUGUAUUCUCUGCUGUAUCCCUAUGACAAUAUCCGGCACUGAAUAGGCAUCUAAUAUUUGUUGAAUGAGUGAAUUAUGGAAUAGAAUGCAAAAUUGUCAUGCAUUUUGAAGGUAAAACAUUGACAGAAGAAAUGUUCUAUUUGCCACCUGCAGCUUUGAAGAAUGCUUCUGGAUUCUGCAUUAACUUCAAACACAUCUAAAAGGCUACAUGAACAUUUCCUAGUUGAGAUAACAUCAGGAAGAGUAUGAAUAACAGGUCUUGUGGGUGUAAAGGAUGAGUUCAUUGAUUGUACUGUCACCAGUUCCAAAGGUAUAUGUGCCAAGAAGCAAAGAGACACAUUCCUGGAUUCCAGGAGAAAGGAGAUUGUGGGUUUUCAAUAUUUAUGUGCUAGCUCACUGUUUGUAUUAGAACACAAAGUAGGUAACUACCUCAAGUAGCUCAUAGUGUUUGUCCUUCAGAGAUCAUACGUGUCAGGCAGCAAAGGUAGCCAUUGUAUGAUUAUACAUUAAAAUGGGUCACAACUUCGGAACUGUAAGGAGUAAUUUUAGAGACCGUGGAGAUCUAACAUGAUAAGGAAAGUUUUUCACAAGUGAUACAUGGAGUAGGAGUCCAUAGGAAUGACAUUAGUUUGUUUGCUGCCUUAGGCCCUAUGUCAGAGUGAGAGAUGCAGAAUGCUGCCAAAAGGUCUAUUAUGAAGUUUAUAGCCUUCUGUUUCAUGUCAACUUUUUUGGGCAAAGGACUUGGAAAGAAAAGGGAUGAGAUAGGUUGGGAAUGCACAAUUUAGUGCACUUUCCAUUAAUAAGAAAUGGAAAUAUGCUAGAAACGUUUCAAGGAUAUUGUAAGGGAUAUCAAAUCAAAAUUUAAAUAAUGGCUGUGCAGAACCAUUUUGGCCUCUGAGGUAAAAGGAAUCAAUAGUAAUUACCUAAAAUUUACUUAUUUUAUUUAUUUUGGAUUUUACAUUAAUCUUUAUUUUUUAAAAUACUGCAUUAAAAUAUUAUUUAUCUUAA